GUAGCCGAUCUCACAACCAACAAUGUCGACGUCGAGUAUGGGCUAUACGAGUAUCGCAGCGCCCUCGACCUGCUGUCAGUUGCUUCACGACCUCCCAUACACUUGACAUCACGAACAGUACACACAUAAUGGCGAUCGCAACCCACCAGCCACCGCCGCUCACACGGCUGCGCGUCCUCGAAUUCGCAGGCCUCGCGCCAGGACCCUUCGCGGGCAUGCUCCUCGCCGACUACGGCGCAACAGUUCUGCGCCUCGACCGCGCACCCGCCCACAACUCCGGCGCGCCCAGUGACCAACUCACGCGCCGCAAGACGAGCAUAUGCGUAAACAUGAAAACACCCUCGGGCCUUGAGCUCAUCAGGAAAAUAAUCCCUAACGUCGACAUCAUUAUUGACCCCUUUCGCCCAGGCGUGCUCGAGAAAGCUGGACUAGGGCCUGAAGAUGUGCUGCUCAAGCUCAACCCGCGGCUAAUCGUAGCGCGCAUGACAGGCUUCAGGCGAGACGGAAAGUACAGCGCUAUGGCUGGACACGAUAUAAAUUACAUCGCCGUCUCAGGUGUAUUAUCACUCUUCGGCAGGAAGGGCGAGAAACCGUAUCCGCCGGGCAAUCUCAUGGGCGACUUCGCUGGCGGAGGCGCAAUGUGCUUUAUCGGUAUCUUGCUUGCGCUGCUGGCGAAGGAGAAGAACGGGAUCGGACAGGUUGUCGAGGCGAAUAUGGUGGAUGGGAGCGCGAUAUUGGCGACGAUGCCGAGACUGGGGUUGAAGAGUCAGGUCUGGGGCGCGGAGAGGGGGACGAAUAUGUUGGAUGGUGGGGCGCCCUUUUACGAUACAUAUGAGACGAAGGAUGGGAAGUAUACGGCGGUUGGCGCGAUAGAGCCUCAGUUCUGGGCUGCGCUGCUGAAAGGCCUUGAGCUGACGCCCUCCGACCUGCCUGGGAGUCGCGACAACAAGGCUGACUGGCCGAGGCUGAAAGAGUUCUUCACCACGGUGUUCAAGAAGAAGACGCGCGAUGAGUGGGAGGCCAUCUUCGACGGCACAGAUGCCUGUUGUACGCCAGUGUUCACACAGCAGGAACUGGAAGCCCAGGGUUUCGACCAGCGGCCAGCAGUAACGUUAAAGUCAUCACCAGGGUUGGCGAUCCACGGAGGCGAGGAUUCGAGACCUGCCGCCGUCGGACAAGGUAUUGGUGUGGAAGGUAGUGGUUGGGUCCAGCGAGGAUUGAAGGCUGGUGACGGCGGCGAGGAGACACUCGCGAGGUGGACGGGGUGGACGAAGGGUCGGCAGUUCGUAGACGAGAGCGGGUUUUUGGGGUGGAAGGGUACUGCGAAGCUGUGAAUAAACCUGUCUUGCGGUCAACUGCCGAGACAAUCUCUGAGCGAGUUUCAUGUGACCGAACAUGCGUUUGCCAGCAAGCU